AUGACAACUCCACAAGCAACCGAGGACGGAGAGUUUCCGGUCAAGCUCUUCGUUUACGAUCUUUCAAGAGGAAUGGCCAAGUCUAUGUCGAUGCCCUUGACGGGACGCCAAAUCGACGGGAUCUGGCACACGAGCAUCGUGGCCUAUGAUCGCGAGUACUUUUUCGGACAAGGUAUCUCGAUCGUCUAUCCGGGCACGUCCCAUCACGGGGCACCAAUAGAGACCUUUGACCUCGGCACCACCUCGAUCGAUCGAGAGACGUUUGAAGGCGCUCUUCUGCCCGACUUGCGCGAUCGUUUCCGCCCGGAAGACUACAACCUGCUGUCCUGGAACUGCAACAACUUCACUCAAGAGGUCGCGCAAAUCCUGACCGGCGCAGACAUUCCUGCACACAUCCGCUCUCUGCCACAAGACUUUCUCAGCACCCCAUUCGGUCAGAUGCUUCGCCCACAAAUCGAUGCCAUGUUUCGAGCGCCGUCUGCUGAGAUUGCCCCAAAUGCUGCCAACGGAUUUGGCGGCGAUCUGCUGAACCAGGUCGCCACUCGUGCGUACACUGGCAACACGUCCGUGGAGCAAGGCUCGCCUUCGAAAGCCACGACGUCGAAUCCGGUCCAUCACAUCACGACCAACACGCAACUCCACGAGAUCCUUUCAAUCUUUCCUUGCGUCGCCGUCCUCUUUACAUCUGAGUCUUGCCCUCCUUGUCGGAUCAUCAAGCCCGCAUUCACCGAUCUGGCACACCAUCACCAUGUCGACGAAUCCAAGCCAGGGAAUCACAAGCGGAUAGCUUUUGUGCAGGUGGACUCGAACGCCUCUACGUCGAGUCUGUUUGCUCAGUCAAGUGUUACCGCCACGCCGACUGUCAAGCUCUACACUUUCGGAAAGGAGUCUAGCCAGGUCAGAGGAGCUGAUGUGGGCGAACUCAAAAAUGCGCUCGACCUCAUGCUUUCCGAGGUGUAUCCGACCCACCCGCAUGCUCGCCUGUCGAAGCCACUGAAAGGUCUCCAGUCGCUUCCGUCGCAGCCGCACCUCUACUCCUCCACACCCAACCUCAACUCAUUGCUUCAAAAGAUAGACACAAUGAUCGCACAGCAUCCAGCCAAGAGCUUCGCCGAGAAAGCGGACCUUCAAGUGGCUCGCAAGACUAUCGCCUCUGGCUGGAUUCCCUGGCUCGAGACAACGCGCGACAGCAAGAGCAAGAAAUCUGCGCCGAGCAACUUGACUGACGAAAGCACCAAAGUCGCAAAGCAGCUUUCCGACAUAUUCCCACUGGACGCAAUGUUCCCCACCCUUGACCUCUUCCGUCUUUCGGUGUUGGACGAGUCGUUCGUGAGGACGGCAUUCCGACAGCCUGCUGUUGCCGAUCGCAGGGACAUCAAUGGCAUCACACGUCUCUUGUCACUUGUUGCUGACGUUGCUUUCAAGGGGGAAUGGUCAGCAAGUAAGAGACCCCUGUUGCUCACUGCUGCCCGACUGCUGACGAACUUGGCAGCUUCAGCACCCUUUGUCGAGGUCAUCGAGUCGCACGAGAACGUCCGCAACCUCACCCUCGAGCUUACAACGAGUCUCCUGCUUUGCCCCGACGCAACGGUACGCAGCGCUGCCGCCACAUGCGCUUUCAAUCUAGCGCUGCAUCAGCAUGCCGAGCGAGCAGAGUGGAUAAAUCGAGACCCGCAGGCGCCACCCAUGCUUGGCAGUCGUCUCGGCGAAACGUGGGAAUCUGAAAUGGCAUCGGCUCUGCUGCAAGCCAUAAUCAACGAGUCGGAAUCGGACGAAACGCUGCAUCGUCUCGUCGCCGCUCUCACGCUCCACAUCCACCUGUCGCAGUUCUGGCAGGACAGUGUCGGCCCAAUGUUGCAGGUUUUGGACGCGCAAGAUGCAGUCGCAGACACGCGGCACGGUCAACUGGUGACAAGCUCGGCAAAGAAGCAGGAACUAUCUCGGCUCUUGGACGAUCUUGUGGUCCUAUUGUCGUCGGCGGAGACUUUUUAG